UAUGACAACUCACGUGACAAAGCGGAAGUUUUGCUAUCCAAAAACAAAACAUUCCGAGCGUCGCUCAAGUUAUUCCAUUUUGAGCGGCUAGCAGAUGUGUGUGCUGGAUUGGCUUCGCAGGUUAUCUCGCAUUGUCCGACAGUUGUACCCGGAGUUUGGCAAAAUGCUGAACGCCGCCGCGGCGGAGAGGAAUAAAGAGCCUAUCCUGGCGGUGCUGCGGGGCUCCGUGAACACCGACAGGCGGCUGCAAGCGCUGGAGAUCUCCUCUGGUACCGGACAGCACGUCGUACACUUCGCUAGGGCUCUACAGAACAUUACUUGGCAGCCGUCAGAGUACGACCAUCGAUCUUUGGCCAGUAUAGAAGCCUAUAGAGCUCACCAUCAGCUCAACAAUGUGAAGCCUGCCAUCCACCUGGAUGCUUCUCUGACUCAUCAUCACUGGGGAGGGAUCCAGCCGGAGAGCCUCGAUCUGGUGCUCAACAUUAACAUGAUGCACAUCUCUCCUAUGGCCUGUACGGAGGGUUUAUUCAAAGGGGCCGGAGUGGUGCUGAAGCCCCAAGCUCUCCUCCUGACCUACGGGCCCUAUGCUGUAAACGGUGACAUCACACCACAAAGCAACGUUGAGUUUGACAUCAGCCUACGGCAGAGGAACCCGGAGUGGGGGCUCAGGGAUAUCUCCCUCCUCAAAUCGCUUGCAGAAAUAAAUGGCUUAUUCCUGGAGAAAAUUGUGGACAUGCCAGCAAACAACAAAUGCCUGCUUUUCAGGAAGGAGAGUCUGGUGUGAAGCGUCAUUCCCUUUGUGGAUGGUGAAAAGCGCCUUAAGAUAACUCCAAGCGUGCGAGACAUGUUGCCAAAUGGACACGUUCGGAUGAAUGUACAUUACUGCACACCAGUAAAAGUAACUUCUUGCUUCAUCUCACUUUAUUGUCUUUUUGCCUCUGUACUGCUAUUCCCGUUCUCUUUAUUUUUAUGUUUGCAGAAAAAUGGAGACAUUUAUGAGCUGCACAUGAGAUCUUUUUGCGUACAUAUAAAACACUGUUCGUAAAAAAAACAAUAUAGACACAACUUAAGUGGCUGUUUUUGCUAAGCGACACAAGUUAGACAACUGUGACUGCUACAC